UUAUACGAUCCAUUUGUAUUUGAGAAGAAUCUACUUUUUCCUCCCUUUUAGAUGGUAUUCAAUCUCCGAACCUUCAGUUUUACUGAGUCCGUUGAAGAUGAUCCAACACCUCCUAAAAGUUUCUCUCUAAAGGAGCUCAGAAUCGCAACACACAACUUUAGCCGCGACAACUUGUUGCAUGAAGGUAUAAUUGGCAAGGUUUACCGUGGGCGCUUGGCCGAUGGUUUGCUAGUGGCAGUAAAGAGAGCGAUCUCUGUCAAUCAAUGGAUGGAAGAGCUGUUCAAAGCGCAAGUGCAAGUGGGAAGGACGGUUUCGAUGCACCGAAACGUGCUAUACCUAAGGGGCUUUUGCAGGACCAAGAAAGAGCUUUUACUGGUCUAUCCCUUGAUGAUCAACAACAGCCUAAGUUAUCAUCUUGAACGUAGACCGGAUCGGUCCACCCAACCUCUCGAUUGGACGACUCGCAAGCGUAUAGCCUUGGGAGUGGCAAGAGGUCUUGCGCACCUACAUGAUCAAGGAGGUUUUUGGCGUGCCCUUAUCGUACCUUACGGAAAUGCAAAGAAAGAGACCAUUCAAUGGCCCAGAGUCGAGCACCCCAUGAGAGUCUCAUCCUCAUCCCAAGGAGAAGAUUCAGAUGAUUUUGAUUCCUAUUCUCAAACAUAUGACCUCUAUGAAGAGAUUUAUGUUGACACCACCUAUGUCUGCGGCAGACUUGGGUUCAUUGCCCCAGAGUACCUGCACACACGAAAGUGCACAUUGAAGAAUGAUGUUUUCGCCUAUGGGAAAAUGCUUCUUGAGCUCAUCUCUGGACAGUCGAUCUUAAAACUUGAUGUGCUGGCUUAUAAUGAAAAUCUCAGUUUGGAGGAAUGGAUAGGUGGCUUUAUGAACAAGAACGAGUUGGAAAGAGUGAUUGAUCCCAAUCUGCAGGGGAACUAUGCGGAAGAAGAAGCAGAGCAGCUAGUCCGACUGGCAUUGUUGUGCGCAGAUGGCAAUCCAUCUGUCCGACCCAAGAUGUCGAAAGUAGUUACGAUGAUCAAAAGCCAAAUGAAUAGGCAGGAUCCUAGUAGCAGGAUCAAUUGGAGUGGAACCGAGUAUGAUUCAACUCCUUACUACUCCUUCCCUCCUUCUCCUUCUCUCUCAUUGGAGACAUGCUAA